GAAAUGUCAUCAUUGUGAAUUAACUUCUAAGUUCUCAGUCAACUCACCCCCUCCCACGCGCCGACUCGACUCGUGACGUGGCCCUCAGCCAACAUUCGUAGGAAGGAGAGAAACGGAAGCGUGCGGAACGUGGAAAGGCCGCAAUCAUGUCGCUGACCAGAGCUGAGAGCGUCGUCUUGUCGGCCUUACGGCAAGGCGCCACACGACAAAUACCUCGACAAGCAACGAGAAGGCUGCUAGCACCGUCCCUCGCCCUGGGAGCCGUCCGAACUUUCCAAACCACCGCAAGAUCCUCUGCCCCGUCACCCACCGGUCUCACCGGCCUCGGCACUCUUCCGCCCUCCUACUUCCAACGCCCCUCUCUCCCCGCCAACACCAUCAUCCGCUUCGUACCCCAGCAGACGGCAUGGAUCGUCGAACGCAUGGGCAAGUUCCACCGCAUCCUCGAACCUGGUCUAGCCAUCCUCGUCCCCUUCCUCGACCGAAUCUCCUACGUCAAGAGCUUGAAGGAAGUCGCCAUAGAAAUACCUAGCCAGAGUGCCAUCACGGCCGACAACGUCACCUUGGAGCUCGACGGCGUCCUGUUCACCAGGGUUUUCGAUGCAUACAAAGCUAGCUACGGCGUAGAAGACGCCGAAUACGCCAUCUCGCAGCUCGCCCAAACCACAAUGCGCAGCGAGAUCGGACAGCUAACGCUCGACCACGUGCUGAAGGAGCGCGCGGCCCUCAACACCAACAUCACGGCGGCCAUCAACGAGGCGGCGCAAGCGUGGGGGGUAACGUGCCUACGUUACGAGAUCCGGGACAUCCACGCGCCCGGUGCCGUAGUCGAGGCGAUGCACCGCCAAGUCACCGCCGAGCGGUCCAAGCGCGCCGAGAUCCUCGAGUCCGAGGGCCAGCGCCAGAGCGCCAUCAACAUCGCCGAGGGCAAGAAGCAGAGCGUCAUCCUGGCCUCCGAGGCCCUGCGGUCCGAGCAGAUCAACCGCGCCUCGGGCGAGGCCGAGGCCAUCCUCAUGAAGGCGGAGGCCACGGCCCGCGGCAUUGACGCCGUCGCCCGGAGUAUAAAUGAGGGCGGCUCGUCGGCCCAGGGCGCGGUUAGCUUGAACGUCGCGGAGAAGUACGUCGAUGCGUUUGGCAAGCUGGCGCGCGAGAGCACGGCUGUCGUGGUCCCCGGGAACGUGGGCGAUAUUGGGGGCAUGAUCGCCACGGCGCUGAGCGUGUAUGGUAAAGUGGGCGACGCGCAGAGCCGGACUAUGGCGAAGCAGUUAUUGGAGAAGAGACAGGCGGAGGAGGACGCGGAGAAUGAGGACGAGCCCAGCGUCGUGGAUUCGAUGGUGAGGGAGUUUGAUAACACGGCUGGUAGGAAGUGAACGGAGGGGAGUAAGAAGGUAUGAGAUUAGGUAACAAGGGCACCGCCCCUUUACGAAGACAUGAAAGCUAGGGGAACAUAGAAGAAAUGGACGGGGUAAGGGAUGAGAUAAGAUGAGAUAGGGCCUCGUGCGUGAGUCGGUCAAAAAAGGUCACUGUAACACCAAGCUCUCAUAUAUCUAUCGAAAAGGAGGGUUGAGAUUCGUCACAUCACUCCGCAAGGGGGGAGAAGGAAAGAGAAAAAGAAUUUUCUAAAAAUCGGCUGAGCAUGGCGUCGGCGGACACUGCGGUAGAGGCAUUGUCAUCAUCGUUGGUAUAAUUAUCCUACUUGGGGCUUCAGUGUCUCAUGUACGGAUAUGUAAUUCUACGGCACUCAUAAAACGACCACGCAACUCAUGGGAACGUAUGACGGGGGCGGAUCGGGGAAGGGGGACCUGGGAGUUUAGGUCUUGUCAGAUAGGUAGUUAGGCGGUGGCUCCCUGGGUGUGUCAAUAAAAGUCUUGAAGGAAUAUAACUCUGAUGCAUGCAACUCUUUUUUCAAGAUC